CUUUCACAGAGACAUUGUCAGUUUAAAGAAACAAACAAUGGCACAAAACGGUUUACUUAAGCGGUUAGAAAAUGGCGGAAAUGUUGUCGUCGCGGAAGGAUACAUUUUUGAAUUUGAGAGAAAAGGUUACUUGCAAGCAGGAACAUUUGUUCCGGUUGUGACUUUAGAGCAUCCGGAACUUGUUCGUCUGAUGUAUGAAGAAUUUGUUCAUGCCGGAAGUGACGUAGUAUUAGCGUUUACGUACUAUGCACACAGAGAAAAACUCCGUCUUAUAAAUCGGGAGGGCGAUUUGGAGAAAAUGAAUAUAGCUGCCCUUAAAAUGGCUCGUGAAGUGGCAGACAAACAUGGAUGUCUGAUGGCGGGAAAUAUUUGUAACAGUUCUGUUUAUCUACCAGACGACAAGGAGUCACAUAAAAUCACGGAAGCAAUGUUCAAAGAGCAAAUCGAACUUGCAGUACAGUAUGGGGCUGACUAUAUUGUUGCAGAAACAUUUUCUCAUCUUGGAGAGGGAAUAUUAGCACUCGAGUGUAUUAAAAAGUACGGUAAUGGUGUGCCUGCCGUGAUAACGAUGUCACCUCCGCCUACUCAUUUUGUGGACGGUGUGAAGAUCGCCGAGGGAUGUAAACAGUUGGAGGACGCCGGGGCGGCAGUUGUAGGCCUGAACUGUGGUAUGGGACCUGAAACCAUGUUACCAUUGAUGAGGGAAAUUAGACAAAUAUGUAAGGGUCCAAUUGCUGCUUUGCCGGUGACAUACAGGACUACACCUGAAGAACCAACUUUCUUCUCGCUGACCAUUCCAGGAUCUAAAAAGCGAGCGUUUCCGUUAGACCUGUGCGCAUGUAUCUGCAGCCGUCAACAGAUUGCGGAGUUCGCCGAGCAAUGUAAAGAAAUUGGCGUGCAGUACGUUGGUCUGUGCUGCGGUAAUUCAGCGAACAUGACCCGCAUUGUUGCCGAGGUGUAUGGUCGUACCCCACCUGCUAGCAAGUAUUCCCCGGCUAUGGAGAAACAUUUCAUCUUCGGAGAUAAAUCUAAGUUUAAGAGCGGCUUCACUGAAGAUUUGAGAACACAUGUUGGAGGACAAUUUGAUUAGAUCUUUUUUUAUAAGUAAUAGACAUUUAACAGGUUAUUUUGAAAUUAACUUUUAAAAGACAUUAA